AAACUAUCUAGUCCGUAUAACAUAGGUCCUUGUCAUAGUAGGUACACACUCUAGCGCGCUAUAUUCCGCCAACUCUAAUAUGAUCAACGUCCAAUUUAAUUACUUCAAUUCACAUAACUGUCAGACCACUAGCUGCUCAACUUCUCAUGGAGUGUAUCCCUUUUCAUAGAUAAAAGAGUACUCGUAUUUAAGAAUUCCAUCUUCCUUACAGGAUGGACGGCUGGAUUAGGUAGGUGGAGUUUCUAAAUAUAUGCCUAACUAGCUACCUACGUGACUUCCGAAAAGUGAUUUACUGGAAUAUAUAUACCAAUUGCAAAUUAGUAGCUGGAUCAAAGAGCAGGACAAUGUUCAUAUACAACAGCUAGUACUCUCCUUUCACAAUCCAUGAUAUAGAACCGCCCUCAAAUAACAUUGAGCAAUCAUUUUAUCACCUUCCGAUCCUUUUGGUCACGAUUUUCUCCAAGUACAGCUGGAUAUAUUGAUAUAUUCCAUGUAUUGACUAUUGAUAUUUGCGGACUUGUCUUUAGUAAACUAGGUAUUCCACUCGUUGGUAGCUGCUUUGUCGAGAACUACUCGGAGGCAGGAGCUUUUGCACUCAUUCUGACCACCAAAUUGGAACUGCCAUGAAGAUUAACACUAGUUUCAUAUUGUCCUUUUAUUUUAUGAUGAUGAUGUUAGCAACUACACACGCGAACACGUUAAAGGCGAUACCAAAAGCCACAAUUUACGGGUAUGAUGUGCACCUAGACAGAAUCAUUCCACUCUGUGUGGUGAUUGUCAUCCUCGGUGUGAUAGCUGUUGUUCUCUUUAAAAAAGGAUUUAUUGAUAGCUAUGGUCUCACACUAGCUCUUUGGACAUUGCUACUGUUUGCCAGCGAAGUUCUAGACGCAUGGGAUGUUCGAGCAAUAACCUUUCUUUUAAUCUUGAUUCACAUAUUGGUCAACUUAUUCGGGCUGCUAUUUUGGAUACGUUUAAGUGUUACAGAGUAUACCACAAAAAAGACAUGGCCUUCAAGUGAAAUGCUUUUCCAAGUUGGAGUCUGGUUUGUGAUGUUCGUCUUCAGCUGGAUUGAAUACACUGUGCGGCGGUUGCUGGGAAACGAUCGAUACUAUCGAGUAUACCAACUGUAUCCUAUUGGAAUAGCUCUUGUAACGAUGGUUGAAAACUAUUGGUCGAAUAGAAGGGAAAUCUUUGCCGAUCAAUCGAAAUUGCGUAUCACUGAAAACAUGACAGCCUUUGAUGAUCUUGUUCGAGCUUGUGCGAAACUAGUCCCGAGUGGCAAUAUAUCCGAGCUCAACCAGAAAUGGAACGAUUUCACGGAAGUGUUUUUUGCUUUAGUAGCCCAGCGAAGGGAAGCUUUCAUAGUGCUUCAACAAAGAAGUGACCAACAGUGGACUCCCCACACUACCCGUUCUAGACCAGUCCGGUGUAAGAGGCGGUUCAGGCUCAGUUGUUUCAAGAACCGACGCUAAUCUGGGGCGUUUGACCAGUAGGAGAGGUCUUUGAUUCAACUUACUUAGAAUGAAAUCCAAAUUCUCUUUUCAUCAUCAAAACUCUUUCAAGAUAAUUAUCCGAUCCAUUCUAAGCUAAAAUCCUCAAUAAUGAAAUGUCAUCCUUUUUUAAUAAAUUAAAAUAUGGUUAUUUAUUGUGGAGUACUCACUCUUAUGUUAUUGCUUGCAUGCCAUAUGCUUUCACUCAAAUCCUGGUGUACCCC